CAAAGAGUAUAGUCAUACAUUAUUACAUUUCUCUCUCUGUACGCCUCAUUUUCUCACAUCACAGAACUCAAGUUUCAGUUUCAACAAUCACAAACAACCUCUUCUUCCCUUUCUUUCUUUUUUCUCCCCAACGCUCCACACACAGAGUUCACAAACUAUACCACAACUUCACAUUCAAAUUUUUUAUUUUCUUUUAUUUUAUUUUUUGUUGCUCUCUUUAUCUCUGUGCUUUUUUUUUUCUUUCAACUUCAACAACCAAAACAGCUUCUACUUAAAUGGCCGACACUCUCCGUCGACGAUGAAGAUCUCCGCUGAAUCUCACCGACAUCCACCGCCAUUCGCGGCGAGCAUUGCUCCCAACCACUCUCCGCACUCAGAUCUUCGACCUCACCGGAGAACUUCCCGUCGGAAGCCUAGGACGCCGGGGAAUCGCUUCAGGAGAAGUGGUGCAUCUACUGGAAGACGGAGUAGGCCUGAAUCUCCUUCGUCGAAGUGGAAGAUCCCUAACAAUAGUGAGGUGAACGGCGGAGGUGGUGGUGGUGGUGGUGAUCCAGUUGAGGAGUUUAACCGGAAAAAUGAGAAGCAGCCGGUGACUGUGUCGGCGAGGAAGCUUGCUGCUGGACUUUGGCGGCUUCAGCUGCCGGAAGUUGCGGUGGCCGGUGAUUGUGGAACUCGUGGUGGUUUGAGACUUCAGCAGAAUGGAAUUGGCUAUGCAGACCACCCAUAUCAUAGUAAUCAAAAUAGUGUUAUGCAUGGAUCUGAUAUGAAGAAUCCAUCACAGAGCCGCCGUUCCACUUCUGGGACAAAGGAUGGACAUUUUUGUGAGCUGGACCCUUCUUUCCAGUUUUCCUCUGCUGCAAUGGAGGGAGUGACAAAGUGGGACCCUGUUUGUCUUAAAAAAUCAGAUGAUGUGCAGCAUAUCUACAGCCAGAUGAAUCUUCUUGACCAAAAGAAUAGCACUGUUUCUGCCCUUGAAGCUGAACUAGAGCAGGCUCGUGUGCGGAUUCAGGAGCUCGAGACUGAACGUCACUCCUCCAAAAAGAAACUUGAGCAUUUCUUAAAGAAAGUCAGUGAGGAAAGGGGCUCGUGGAGAAGUAAAGAGCAUGAGAAAAUCCGUGCAUAUGUUGACGACAUUAAAGCAGAUCUGAAUCGAGAAAGGAAAAAUCGUCAAAGGGUUGAAAUUGUCAAUUCCAGGUUGGUUAAUGAGUUAGCUGAUGCUAAGUUAUUAGCAAAACGCUGCAUGCAGGACUAUGAGAAGGAAAGGAAGGGCAGAGAAUUGAUUGAGGAAGUAUGCGAUGAGCUUGCUAAGGAAAUUGGAGAAGACAAGGUUGAAGUUGAAGCAUUGAAGAGAGAGUCUAUGCAACUUAGGGAAGAAAUGGAAGAAGAGAGAAGGAUGUUACAGAUGGCUGAAGUAUGGCGUGAAGAACGUGUUCAUAUGAAAUUGAUAGAUGCAAAAGUUGCUCUUGACGAUAAGUAUUCGCAAAUGAAUAAACUGGUAGCAGAUUUGGAAACCUUUCUCAAGUCAAUAAAUGUGAACUCAAGUGAUAAGGAGAUCAGAGAGGCACAAUCACUUCAACAGGCUGUAGCAGCUGUGAACAUUCAAGACAUCAAGGGAUUUUCCUAUGAGCCACCCAACCCAGACGAUAUUUAUGCCAUUUUUGACGAUGUAAAUUCUGGUGAACCAAACGAGAGGGAGUCCGAAUCAUGCAUUGCUUACUCUCCGGUGAGUCAUGCCUCAAAGAUUCACACAGUUAGUCCUCAUGCCAACUUGAUAAGUAAGAAUGGCUUUCAGAGACAUUCUGACACAUUUAUGGAUAACAACAGUGAUAUCGAAGAAGAUGAAAGUGGGUGGGAAACUGUGAGCCAUGUUGAAGACCAAGGAUCAAAUUGUUCACCAGAAGGGAGUGCCCCUUCGGUGACUAAGAAAGAUCGAGAGAGCAAUGUCUCGGGGAUGAGUGUGAUAGAAUGGGAAGGAAAUGCAGGUGAAGAGACCCCAUUAACUGAGAUAAGUGAAGUCUGUUCAGUACCAACUAAGCAAUCAAAGAGGAUAUCAUCCAUUGCACGGCUUUGGAGGUCGGGACCAACCAACGAAGAUAAUUACAAGAUAAUCUCUAUGGAGGGAAUGAAUGGGAGGCUUUCAAAUGGAAAAGUAUCUAAUGGAGGCAUCAUGUCUCCUGAAUGGGGACUCGACAAAGGUGGACUAAGCCCCCAAGAUAUUUUAUGCCAGUUGAGUUCUCCUGAUUCCGGAAGUGUGCAUAAUCGAGGCAUGAAAGGAUGCAUUCCUCGAACUGGACCAAAGGGUAGUUUGAAAGCUAGACUUAUGGAGGCUAGGAUGGAAAGCCACAAGGUUCAGCUGCGCCACGUUCUGAAACAGAAGAUUUAGAACGUGAACUUAGCCAAAGAUUGCUCACCAGCAUAACCGAAGAAUGAUCCAUCAACAUAUAUCAAUUUUGUUUUGAAUUCUAGGAGUACAAAUCUGAAGCUUUCUUGAAAAACUGCUCAGAAAUGAUGGAGGUUCAUAAAUAAAUGCACUUUUCCUGGCUCAUACUUAGACCAUGUUUUAAUUCUUCAUUGAGCAGAUAAUAUUUUCCUCUCAUUGUGUCAAUGCCUCAAUAAUUAUCUUGGGAAAUAGCCAGCUUUGUAAUCUAUCAUGAGCUAGCCUUGCUUUAUUUUGUGUAGAUCUUAUGAUAACUAUGAGAAGAAUGUUACUUGUGUUGUAUUGUAUAAUUAAGUCUGAAGACAAAAUAUGCAAGGAAGCUAGAUCAACAUAAAGUAUAAAUGAUAGCAUUUUCUUUCCCACAAUCAAUUUGA